GCUAUAUAAAUUGUAUAGAACAUGUACAGUAGCUCCAUAAAGGUUUACUUUGUCUGUAGUACAUAGAAAUAAAGAAAGCAGAAGUGGACGUGUUGUGAAUGUGUUAGAUCUAGCCAUGUCUCACGGAUUGCUUCAAGCUAUUACUUUCUGUUGGUUGCUUACACUGAUCACAAAAGUGACUGCCCAAGUGAACCCUGAUUUGGCCAGACUAUGCAACAGUGCUACAAGAUGCAACGAAUGUAUUAUAGCUAACCCAAGAUGCGUGUGGUGUGCUGAUCCAGAAUACAAUGGUACUGUGAGGUGCUAUGUGAAUGGUGAUCCUGGAUUCAUUUGCAACUCUCUACAAAACCCAGUGAGCACAGUCGUGAAUGUUUCUACUCCUGCUCUUAGUGACAGCGUUCAAGUGACUCCCUUGCUGGUGAAUGUGACUGUCAGACCAGGUAUACCAAUGACAAUACCUCUCUCUGUGCGCCCCGCUCGUAACUUCCCUGUGGACAUUUACCUCCUCAUGGACUUAUCUCUUUCAAUGAACGAUGACUUAGAGAAUCUCAAAUUAUUUGGGGAUGAAUUAUCUCGUGCCGUUAAUGGCAUCUCUAGCGAGUUUCGAGUUGGGUUUGGUUCUUUUGUGGAUAAACGAGUAGCUCCAUUUGUGAGAGAGGGCGUCAGAUUUCUACAAAAUCCAUGUGUCGACAAUUCAAAUUUCCCAAAUGUUUGUGUGAGCACAUACAGUUACAGACAUCAUGUGAGCCUCACUCCCAAUGAAACAUUCUUCAAUGAACAAGUUCAACUUCAAAACAUCUCUGGUAACCAAGAUUCUCCUGAAGGAGGUUUCGAUGGCUUUUUGCAGGCAAUCGUGUGUACUAAUUUGAUUGGAUGGAGGUCAGUGUCUAGAAAACUGUUGAUCUAUAUUACUGAUGCUGGCUUUCAUAUUGCUGGAGAUGGGAAGCUUGGAGGAAUAGUUUUACCUCACGAUGGCAAGUGUAGGAUGAAUGGAACUCGAGCACCACUGGACUAUAAUGACUGGAUCACCCUGGACUACCCGUCUGUGGGGCAGGUUGCUCAGGCCUUGAGAGACAAUGGCAUCAUCCCAAUAUUUGCAGCUGAAGCUAGAGCACUUCCUGCUUAUGAGGCACUGGUAAGAGAGCUUGGGAGAGGAGUCUCAGGUUCAUUGACAGAUAACUCGGACAACAUUGUCAACCUGGUCAGGGAGAGUUACAAUAACAUCUCUCAGAGGAUUGUCUUUAACACUGACCAAGUACCUUCCGGUGUCGUGGUGAAUAUCAAUCCCACAAAUUGCCCGGGGCCAGUCGUGGGGGGCAUUUGCACUGGUGUUCUGAUUGAGAACAACGCUACAUUUAAUGUGGUAAUCACACUACAAGAGUGCACUCCAGAUAACAUUGUCAGCAGAAGAUUUCCUAUUGAAGUACUCGGCUUUGGAACUUUCACCAUACAGUUAAACCCAAUCUGCAACUGCCCAUGUGAACUGGAAAGAGCUGACUUCAGCAAUUCAAGCAAUUCCUCUUGUAACAACAACGGCACACUGCGGUGUGGACAGUGUGAAUGCAACCCUGGGAGGUUUGGAGAGUUCUGUCAAUGUGAUGCAACAGGACGGGGUGGUGUACAGCAGAUGUGUCCACUUGGCCCCACUCAAGUGCAGUGUACUAGUACUGACAGAGGGACCUGUGUGUGUGGAGAGUGUCAGUGUAGGAGAGAUCAAGCUGGUCCCCUGUUUUUUGGGCCUGCUUGUGGGUGCGACCGUGACGGCUGUCCCUCCUCCAAUGGAGAGUUGUGCUCUGCAAGGGGAGUGUGUACGUGCACUGGGUGUCGAUGCAAUGUAGAGCCCAUCACACGACAACCGUACUCUGGCAGUGCCUGUGAGUGCACACCAAACAGAGAACUGUGCUUUGACCUUAAUAACUCCACUGAGGUGUGCAAUGGUAAAGGUAGCUGUGGCUGCAAUGGGCGGUGUGAAUGUCAAGAGCCUUAUCUCGGUACCUACUGCGAAUUUUGCUCAGGAGAUGAAAUAUGCUUUUCCCAAACGUGUGAAAGGAACAGGGAUUGUGCAGCCUGUACAGUAGAGCUUCUCGACCAGCUGCCAUUAUUAACUGCAGCAGAUUUCUUUACGAAUGUAACUCUUAACAAUUUUCCCAAUGGAACCACUUUCACUUUCGAUACUAUAAGUGACACCUUUCAAUUCCGAUUGCCCUCGGACUAUUGUACAGGAAACUGCUCUCAAAAUGUCGUUAUUAUCAAUGGAACAGACAAUGUUGACUACAUGAUACAAGGUGAGAUGGCAAUUCGUUGUGAGUUUACUGUGGGCAACUGUACAUAUCGCUACUACUCUGCCUUUGAUGAAAGUACUCAGCAGUUUACUGAUGUACACCUGGAGUUCAGAAGAUUUGGCAGUGGUUGCUCACAGGUUGUGGCACAGGAUCUAGGUUCUCCACUUCCAGUUUGGUUUACUCCAGUUGUAGUAAUUGCUGCUCUAGCUGUUCUGGGGGUGCUCCUUGCCCUCAUACUCAUCCCAUUACUGUUAUUCAUCCAUGAUAAGUUUGAAAUUUGGAAGCUCGAUAGAGAAAUUGCUAGCAAUAAAAUGGUUCAUGCCAACUGUCUCUAUGUCAGUCCAGAAACACAUCACGAGAACCCAACGUAUGGACAGUAGAUGGACGAGUGUUGCAUGUAAUGAUACCGGCCAGCAUUAUAGGCACUGGCGCUUAAACACUAUAAUUUAUUACAGUUUCAGUUACAAUUGUGACAAAAUGUUGCUCCAGUGACAGUGGUUUUUAUGAUAUUUUAAAACAGUGUAUAUAUACCGUAUAAAGCGGGUAAUUUUCGUGCGGUAAAAUGUUGUUCAACUCGAAAACGGUGAUACAUUUUUUGUUUGACUUCA